CCUACCUACUGCUCAUUCUGAAUUUUGACAAUGUGGGGUAGUUACCUUCCAAUACCUACAAGCUCUGCCUAGCCCCUCCCCAAGCUCCAUACCUAGGUCCUACGUAACUCUCCGGCGUGGGCAGGUAUUGAAAAGCUGAAGCCCCUCAAGCCCCUCAAUCACUCCAUCCAUCAGCCCAUAGGUUCAAUUCCUCGUUCAAUUCCUCGCUCGAUUCGUCUGGCCAUUCUCAUUCAACUUUCUUCUCAAUUCCCUCAAAGGAAAAUAGUAAAAACAAUUUAAACAACUUAAGCAACAAAGCAAUUGACCUCAUUUCCUUACAUCGUGAUUCAAUAUUAAUCAAUUGUGCGCACCUCCAAUACAUCUUGUCCUUCCCUCUCCCUCUCUCUCUUCAUCAUAGGCAAUCUGCAUUCCAAUUCCAAUACGUACCUACACACACUCUACCUUUCUCCCCUCAUAUAUCUUUAGACCACGUUGCAAAUUAUUUUUCAACCAUGGCGCACAAGAGCUCUGCGGUGGCCGACGAGCCUAUUCAAGUGCUAUUCGCACUUCAACACAAGUUCGACUUGAUGGACUUUGCAGGCACCCUCGAGGUUCUCGACUGGGCUCGCCACGAUAAGAACGAUGAGAGUACUAAAGCUUUCGAUUGCACAAUUGUUGCCUCGGAGAAGACGGUGUUAUCACAACAAGGUGUUAUCGUUAACUCCCAGAUCACCUUCAAGGAAGCCCAUGAGCGCCUUGAUGAGUUCGAUGUUCUCAUUGUGGUGGGCAGCGUCGAUAGCGACGCCAUCCUAAAAGAGCAAUCCGAACCCAUACCCAUUAUCGAGGCUUUCGCAGAACUUCAGAGGAAGGACUACACUCGAGAGCGCACACUGAUGUCUGUCUGCACUGGCGCUCUAUUCCUAGCCGAGGCAGGUAUCCUGGAAGGCUUGUCUGCCACUACUCACGCAGACUACAUUACCAAGUUCGAAAUCGUCUGCAGCAAUGCGGCUCAGCGCGACCUGCAAGAGCGAACCGAUGUCGUAGAAGACGCCCGAUACGUCGUCAACAACCUUCGCUUCGAGCUCGGAGACGAGGAUGAGAAUCCCUACAUCCGUCGCAAGUCGGACGCUGGCCGACGCCCCUCUGUAGCUCGAAAGGGAAGUGUGUCAUACAAGGGAUCGAACGGACGCCGUGAGUCCAUUGCGCGCCGCGCCGCAAUGCGUCUUGGGGGGCUUCGGGUCAUCACGACGGGGGGAGUAUCUGCUGGCAUAGAUGCAGCUCUGUAUCUAGUCAGCAUUCUGGUCGAUGACGAUGCCGCGAAUGAAGUUGCACGAUUCAUGCAGCACGAGUGGGUUAAAGGUGUUGUUGUUGAUGGUAUUGACGUUUAAGAGAGAAGAGUUUAAUACGGGAACGGGCGGGCUAAUGCAUAUGCGGACGUGUCAAAAUCUUGCUGGACACUUGACGAAAGGAGUAAAACUAUUUACUUUUUCCUUUUUUUAAAAUCCAAAAAAAAGAGGACCUGAAAUUCAUAUUCGCGUUGUUCCAAGUUCAAUUCAAUUAGAUUCUCAUUUUCGUGAGUAAAGAUGUGAAGACAGGUAAAG